UGACGAGCCAGAUUUUACAAAUAAAUAAAUAGGUCCCUGAUAAUGUGGGAUGGAGGUAAAAAAGACGGACCCAUUUUCCCCUGGUAUAAGGAGAGGCUGCAGACUACGUAUCUUAAACCCCAAAUGAACAAAAUUUCCUCGGUUGGCAGUUCUUGGCGUUUUACAAACGAAGAUUUCAGUGACCGCUUGUCAGCCUCAUCCGGGACCCAAACAGGAGUCUCACCAAUUAUUUACAAUGGCACUCCGAACCACAACUCUAUUCAGAAGUCUAAAAAGUGUGUCUCUAAAGAGCAAGCCUGCUUCUCAAAGCAGAUGGUCCAAAAGCAGAUUCGCAGAGAAUAUGUGGCCGCUGUGGAGGCAAAACUCAAACAGCAUCCUCUAGCUAUGUAUCCGCAUUAUAAGGAUCACAUGCCACUAGAGUUAUUUGAUAAGGUGGUAUCCGUUUUGGGUCCAGACAUGUGCGUAAACCACACUUCUGCACUUCCUACACCUACAGGAAACCAUGCGGAGGAGGAAAACUGUACAGAGCUAAGUAAGGAAGAUGUGGGCAGAACAAAACACAAUAAAAUAUGCCCCGUUGUCCAAAGUUCGACUCCCAGAAACCCUUAUAUUCUACAAAUGAAUGGAAAUGGUAUCAAGAAAGGCCAGACGAGCAAAGUGAAUCCACAGAGCACCCAUAAGAACAUGAAAGUUGUCGCCAAACUUUUCAGCAAAUGGUUUGCCUUUCCGGACGAAGAGAAAAAUGUUACUGAAUCUGCCAUACUGGGAAAUGCUGACAGUCACCUUCAAGACUCUUCAACAACAUUCCCCAUACAAGAGGAGGACUUCAGUUUCUCAGGUCACAAACAUGUCACAACCACAAACAGGCAGGAUUUAGACUUCGAAAGCCUAUGAGCCAAAUUAAGCACGCUAAAUCUUAAGGCCACAGAUAGUAGUAAAAUAUCAUUUUUGAUGGCAGCUGAUUAGAAAAAUCCAUGAACAAGGACUUUUGACAUCCAAAACAAGUGAUAAGAUCAGGACCAUCUGCCACAGAAUCUCAAGACAAUUACGUCCCUUUCAGGACAGUUGGUUUGUUGACAGAAUGAUGAGCUGAAACACAUGUAUGUAACCUUAUCAGUCUGGAGUUAUGUAAUCCACAAUAGACAUAUAUAGAUAUACAUUUAGAUGUUUAGGUUUCAAAAGACAAGUGUAUGGGUUCACAGCAUCUGUCUAGAGGAAAUGCUAUUCAAAACCACAUAGGAAGAAAAAGAGAAGUGUGUCUAAAAUAAGCUUAGUUUCUCACUGAUGUUUCUGAAUAAUGUCUUUUUCUAAAGAGAGAGGUUUGAGUCUGUUUCAGCAUACAGUACAAGAAAACAUGGACACUGUGUGUAAGAAGUUUUAAGAGGUUUUAAGUUUAAAUUGUCCCUAAAUUUAACUUGAACAGCGGAUAUAGUUGCUACAUUGUAUUCUGCAAGUAUGCUGCAAGUAUUCCCUACUGUUUGUAUCUCAUGCUUGUUAUACUGUGUGUGCAGAGUAU